UGCUUCCCUGGUGAAUGCUGAUCGUGUUUGCUUGAGUGACUUAUUCUGUAUUACGUUGCUCACCUUAGUUUGUUGGAAGUGAGAUAUCUGAAGCCACAUAUCCUUUGAUAAGACUACUCAUUGGUGUGCUUUUUUGGGUUUUGAACAGCUAGAAACCUUUGCGAAUCAGUUUAGUUUCAUGGUUGUGGCAAUCAAAGCCUGAGUUUUGAGAAUAUUAUGGUUGUUUUUUUUUUACUGGCACCGAGUAUUAAUGAUCUUAAUCCAUGUAAUGUGUGGGGCUUCUGUAAAAAGUUUCCCGCAAGUGCACCUAAGGUUCUUGGGUAAUUUCAGGUGAAAUUUUCUCGGUCCAUUGACCCAAAGAGUGUGAAUGCUGAAUUUCGAAUCUAAGACGCCCAGUUUAUAUGGAUGUGUGUGCUUGUUUAACAAUUUGCAAAUGCCACUCUCAACAGUGACCUUCCUAAAUUGGUCAUAUCUUCAAUAUCUAUAGGUAACUUGGCCAUAAGAAUGAUCUUAUACAUGGGAUUCAAAAUUAGAUCUUGAAGAUUGUCUUCCCUUAUAAGCAUCGGGUGAUUGCUUUGCACACGAGAACUAUAUAGCAGGGUAUUGAGUUUGAUUUACAACCUUAUAUGUGAACUAGAAUAUGAAUGUUGCUAUGGGGUUGCAGCAUACUGCACUUCCAAUUCCCCGUUGAAUGCUUUACGUUCUUUUAGUGACUAUAGCGCAGAGGUGCAUAUUUGGUUUGAUCUUGUUGCAGUCUGCAACCAGUUCCAACAUAUGGCAGGCAAUGCGUGCAAUGCCGCAGAGUCUGGCCAGGGAUAGGGAAGCUCAAGAAAUGGUGCAACUGAAGUAGUUGUACAGAUGUGUUAUUGAGUUAAAAAAAAAAUGUAUAUGGAGUCACAAGUAACAAGCCACAUGUACAAUAGCUUCUACUCGAGUCCAAAUCUGGACGUCAUCUUAGUCUUGGAAUUUACGAUCAUGAUCAAGUCAAGGUGGCGGACAGAUUCUUUGCCCUGUUGUGAGCAAUGAGCAUAUACCUCUAGCAAGUGACUACAAGAAGCUAAAUUAAUUUUAGGAAAAAGAUACGGUGUCCCGAGCUAUACCGAUGGAUUUGCCCCCUUGAUGUGGCCUUGCCACGUGGCAGCUAUGUCAGCGAUUAUUUUACAAAAAAAAAAUGAGACACAAAGCUAGAUUAUGCGAUUCCAUCCAAGAGAUGAAUUCAAAAGUUCAAUCUCAGGUUGCUAUGUAAAGUGUGAUCGACUGAAGAGUUCAAAGUAACCCCUAACAAUAACUUAUCUCUUACUCGAGACUGCUAUAUACUUUCUAUUUUUCGGUUUGUUUUGACAACAUUUUGAAAAGUAGAGACUACGUUCCAUAUCAUUUUGAAGCCCACAAUUCUGCACAUAGUUCACUUCUAAGAGUAUUGGCAAAGAAUUCUUUAUCUUCAUAUACAAAAUUACAUCUUUUAAAAAUGAGAAGAGCUUUGGAGCGGUACGUACCGUUUUUCUAGUGAAACCAGCCUCUAAUAACAGGCUGCCACGUCAUUAAUGCAGUAAAGUCUUUCCUGAGGAUCACCCCAUUUGAUUUUUCCCCCCAAAUCCCAAAACAUUUCCCUCGCCAGAUUUUACCUCAUUCAGACGCUGCCCAGCCACACGAUUCCAGCCCCAUCCAGUUGCUACCGCCACCAGAUGUGACCACCAGCUAGCUCGCCACCGCCACCAGACACUGCCACCAGCCCGAAGUGGCCACCACCAGCCCUACGCAGCCACCAGCUUGACGCAGCCACCAACCCAACACAUCCACCAGGUCGACGCAACCACCACCUCAACGCAGUCAGCCACCAGCCACCAUCGUCGUCCUCCAUGGUUUGUUUUUACAGCUCCUUUUUUUUCUGUCGGUCCGAUUAUAGGUGUGGUUCAUUGUUUUCAUUACAAUUUACACUGCAUGAAAGACAAAUGAAAUUAACAUUGAAAACAAAUGUGCACUGCCAGUGUAGUAAUCGGAAUACAUCUUAUUGCUAACUUGAGAAACAUAUAAAUUUUAACUUACCUGAUUUAUGGGGAGUAAAAUGUUUGUACCACUAGAGUCGUAUAAAUCCACUCUGUUUUUAUUUGGUAUGAAAUACUGAUUUUGAUUUUGAUUUUUACUAAAGAGUUCAUCCAUCUACCCCUAUUUUUAUGAAAAUAACUAUCAAAUAAAGUUAUUUGCUUUUGAGAAAAAAAAAAAAAAAAGAUUUUGGCACUGAUAGAGCAUGUGUUUUAAUGUUAGUGGUGCUCACUACUUAAAUACCUCCCAAAUUAGGUGUUGAACCUUCUCACCAAGACUAUUUUAAUGUGCAUGUGUAGCUUUCAUUAACGUAAGAGUCAGGGUGAAGUAUUGAUUUUCUAUACUAUUAUGUUUUAUUUUAUUGAAUGAUCGUAUAUCAAGUUGGGAUAGCGAUGAAGUUGAGGUAAUGAUAAGUAAAAAUUGUCCAGAAGUUGGAGAUGUAGGUUCUGAGGCUGAAAUUGUGACUGAAAAUGAGAAUGAAAAUGUGGAAGAAGAAUGUGAUGUAGAUGUGGAUGUGGAAGAAUGGGGGAAUGUGAUUUUCUCUUCUAAUAGUGGUCCUUUAGAGCCAUUUAUCGGUAUGAAAUUUGAUGACGUAGAAGAUGUCCAGGCAUUUUAUAAGGCGUAUGCAAGACGAAGAGGUUUUUCAAUGCGGACCAACCAUACUAGAUUGUCAAAAGAAGAGAAAAAAUUGAUUGCGGUGGACUAUGUUUGUUCAAGAGAAGGAUUUCGGCGUGAAAGUCGCAAACAAAAGGAACGAACCAUUCCUGAACCUGCUGAGACAAAAAUUGGAUGUAAAGCAAUAAUGGCAAUAAGAAAAGACGGUGAACAGUGGGCAGUAACUAAGUUUGUUCCUGAACAUAACCACGAGCUACUUACACCAAGAAGUACAAGUUUGCUCCGUAGACAUAGAGGAGUGACACGUGCUCAAAAAAAGCUUAUUCUCACUUUGAAUGAGUCUGGUGUACCGACAAGAAAGAUAAUGUCGGUGCUAAGUAAAGAAUCAGGUGGUGACUUUAACGUUGGAUGCAUUGGCAAGGACGUGGAAAAUUUCUUGGGAAAUAAAAGAAGAAAAUUAUUUGAAGAGGGAGAUGCACAAAGGUUAUAUGCUUACUUUCUUGAUAGACAAUGCAAAGAACCUGGGUUUGUAUACUCCAUGCAAGUUGAUGAGAAUGGAUGUAUGGGAUCUUGUUUUUGGGCAGAUGCAAGGUCAAGGGCUGCAUACCAAUACUUUGGGGAUGUUCUGACUUUUGAUGCCACGUAUUUGACAAAUAUAUAUAAGAUGCCAUUUGUGCCAUUUUCUGGAGUUAACCAUCAUCACCAAACCAUAAUGUUUGGUUGUACCUUAUUGGUUAAUGAAACAGCAGAAUCCUAUACAUGGUUGUUGAGAACAUGGCAAGAGGCAAUGCUUGGGAAGGCUCCUAAAACUAUAAUUACCGAUGACGACAAAGCGAUGGCAAAGGCCAUUGUAGAGGUACUACCAAACACAACUCAUAGGUUGUGCUUGUGGCAUAUUUUACAAAAAUUUCCUGAACAUUUAGCCCAUGUGUAUAACAAAUUUCCGGACUUCCAAAAAGAUUUUCGCCAUUGUAUCCAUGAGACUAUCACGAUUGAUGAGUUUGAAGAAGAAUGGACAUCAAUAUUGCUUAAGUAUGGGCUAAUAGAUAACACUUGGCUGCAAAAUCUUUAUAACCGACGGGAAAUGUGGGUUCCAGCUUACUUGCGAAGUACAUUUUGUGCUGGUAUGUCAACAACUCAAAGGAGUGAAAGCAUGAACAAGUUUUUCAAGGAUUAUGUUCGUUCAAGCACUAUGGUGAGUGACUUUGUGCAUCAAUAUGAGAAAGCAUUAAAUGCACGUUACUUUAAAGAGAAAGAAAAGGAUGUGCGAACAAUAUCUACACGAGCAAUAUUGAAGACGGGUUACAAAAUUGAAGAAGAGGCGGCCUUAGUCUAUACAAGAAAGUCUUUUAUGAAAUUUCAAGAUGAGCUUUUCAGUAGCCAACGAUACAAGUCAACCAAAUUUCAAAGUGAUGGUGAAAGCAAGACAUAUGGAGUGACACCUCAGUGUAAAGAAAGCCCUGUCUAUUAUGUGACAUUGGAGUCCGGACAAGAAAAGGCAACAUGCACAUGCCACAUGUAUGAGUUUAUGGGAAUUAUUUGUAGGCAUAUUCUAUGUGUCUUUGGCAAGAAAUUCAAAUUAGAUAUGUUGCCACGGCAAUAUAUUCUAGAGAGAUGGACAGUUAAUGCUAAGAGUCGAGCCAUUCUUGAAAUCCCAACUUCUGAAGCACAUGUAACAACACAAGAUGAUCCUACCAUGAGGAAAAGCAAGUUAGCGAUGCAAUUUUAUGAGAUUUUAGAACUUGGGUCACAAUCAAUACAAAAAUUCAAUCACCUCUCUCUUGCAUUAGACAAGGUCCACAAAGAGUUGCUUUUAAUUGAAGAUGGUCAGGAAAAAAAUUCAACCAAUGAUUCUGCGAUGUUAAGAAGUCAGGUUGUAUCAAAUUUUUCACAAAUGAUACAGGAUCCUCCACGGGUGCCAACAAAAGGACGACCAAAAUCUUUGAGAAAUAAGAAUCCAAAAGAGACUCAACCACCAAAGAAAAGACAUUGUAGCAUUUGCAAGAAUGAGGGACAUACUAAGAAUAACUGUCCUUCAGUGAGGGAUUUUGGGCAUACGACUGACAACGUGUCUCAGAACUUGGAUCAGAACUUGGAUCUUUAAUUACGAUGUGCAAAAUCAUUGGAGUUAAAUGGUGAAGCUUUUGCAUUAUGGAUGAGUUUUGGCUUAUAUUACAAUGAAUGAAGAAUGAUGUAUUGGUUGUCAACUUAUUUGAUGAUAUUGUGGAGUUUAUGUAACUUAUUGUGAAACUUGAGAAUUUUUAUGGUGAAGACAUUUAUUUUAUGUUUUUUUAUGUUG